AUGAAAAGUGAAAAGCAAAAAAUUACGCAGGAUCUGAGUUAUAAACAAAACAAUAAAUAUUCGCCAUAUCCUGAACAAAACAACAACACGUGUCUUCCAUAUUCUAGACGAAACAGCAAUGCAUCUCCUCAAUAUCCUGAACAAUAUGGUUCUGAUUUAUCAGUUGGAUCAUAUAUUUUUGCGCCGCCUUUGGAAAACUUUGUGCGUAAUAUGAUGCCGAUUUUUGCUACUGAAUAUACUAUGGAGCCGGAAAGUUAUUAUGAGACAACUUCGAAUUCUAGCCCUCCACAAAAAAAAAUUUCUCAAAAUUCAACAUUGGAUUGUAACAUAGACUCUAGAUUUUUUUAG